AUGAAUGAGCCCCCUGACGAUCCUGGUGGUGGAUUAACGCCACUGGAGGUCCCUGAGGCCUCCAAUUUUAUUACAUAUCCUCCAAACUGUCCCCCUAGAGAAGAGUCAGAUGGCUCAUUUUUUGACACAGAUGCUUCUGAAAAUACAAAUACUUCCACACUUAAACGUAAACGAGUUUCAGUUAGGAAAAUAUGUAAGCAAUGUAAUAAGAAAAAGCGAAAGCACAGGAAAGUAGAUGGUCCUGUACCUUCGAAUGAAUGUCAGUGUAUUUUUGAUGAUGAAAUGGCUGUGCCUACACAAAGUUUGGGUAAUAACUUCACCCCUCCAGCUCCACUUCACAGCAGCACCCCACUGUUGAAUGAGUCGAAUGUAUCUCAACGUGUCCAGCCUCCACCAACUGAACAGCCUAGUGCCCCGGUUGCUAGGCCUCGACCAAGUAAAGGUUAUAACCGUAGUGAACAUGAGACUUUGACAAGAGAUUACAACACCCCAUUUGCGCCUAGUAAAAGUAUCUUGAUGUCACUGACCAUACAGCAAAUAAUUUUGGAUGCUAAACGACUUGCGGGACGUCUCAAAGAGCGCGAGACUGAAGCUGAUGCUUUGCUAACCGAAACUCAAACUGCUUACAGACAAAUACAUACAAUGAAACAGUAUAAAGAAGAAAUUGAUACUUUGAAUGAGGCUUCUCGUGACAGACCAAGAGGGGCUCUCAUUGGCAGUAUUGAGCGGGAGUCCCGUUUGAUGCGAGAUGUACAACGCGAGAAUGGCGAGCUGAGGGCAGCCCUGGAAGAUCACAGACGAGCAUUGGAGCUCAUCAUGUCCAAAUACCGACAGCACACUGAGAAAAGAGUGUGGGAGUCGAGGAUAGAUUUUACAAAUGCUAUCAAUGAAAAACAGCAGGAGUUAAUCCGGCAACAAGCUGAAAGAAUUAACGAGAUGACAAGUAUUAUGUACAAAGCUGUAACUUUGGAUGAAAACAGUGAUGCGAGGAAAGAAGAGGAACUCUACCAAAGGCUCAUUACAGAAAAUAAGGGUUUGAGAGAAAUGCUGGAUCUGUCAAGGAGAUACGGUUCAGACCGUCCGUGUGUGCCGCUCACGGAGGAUAAGGACGUGCAGACAGAUGGGCCGCCACUGUCUGGCGCGUGACGGUCCGUGCUCGAGCCCUGCCGCCUGUGAACGCACGGCGCUGGCGGCCCUGGAAUCGCUGCCUCGCCGCGACACUCUCAUAGGUAGACAACACACCUCCUGUCCGCACAUUUGAAACCCUACCAACACGGACUUUUGUACUCAAUAGUGUGUACAUAUUUACUUAAGAUAACUGCGUAAUUCAUGUGCCCAAAGUCCUUCAGAAGUUGAAAUGCAAUACCAAUGGAAUUAUGUGUAGAUGACUUAUAUUAUAUUGUCUAAAUCUAAGUUUGGAUGUGUCGUGACGGUUAAGACGUCGGUAUGCAUUUGAAUUUAGUGACAAUAAUUGUCUUUGGUAUCCUUUGUAACGAUUGGGCAUCUAAGCCCGGUUUCACAACAGUAACUGAUCUUAAAGCGUGUAAUACUUGAUUGGUCUGAUCGUAAAACAGUUGCGACACAACUGUGACAUACUUGCUGUGAUAUGACUAGCAGAAUAUCAGCCCCUUACGACUAGUACUUACUGUCCACGUUAUUAGAUGCAUCUAUGUUGCAAAUGUGAUGAUGAAUCGGAAUAAUGUCAGAUGUGCAGGCAGGGUUGUAAUGAUUUGCUAACAACAGUCACCGUUCCAGUAUACAACUUGUAUUUUAUUGUUACUCACAGGUUUUGGAUCUUAGGUCUUUUGACAUAUGUACCUUUCAAAUUCACAUUUAUUUAAUAAUGUGAGUGUUACAAAUUAAAUACAGCGAAAACUACAAUGUAGCUAAUAAAAUCAUUUGGUUUAUCCUUUGGUUGUAUUUGAUGUUAAAUAUUAUAAAAUAGGAGUAUAUUUAAAUGGCGUUUCCAGUUAGAGCUCAUGUUAUAUCUAUAUAUAGAUUGUAUCGUGUUCACACUACGUCUAUAAUGAUAAAGCCAUUUUGUGUAACCAAAUCACUUGAUAUGGCAGAAACUGUGAUCUUUAGUAUUGCGCUGUUAAGUUGUAGAAUGUUUCACUGUUCUUCACUAAACACUCAAUCACAAUUUGACCAAGGGCCUGUUUUAUCACCUUCAUAUACCUGUUAAACUUAGGUGAUGUGUAGAUAAACACCAUGUACAAGAUAAAUUUGAAUAUGAAAUAUAAUUUGUAUGAACUAUGUUUGUCACAUAAGUUUCUCGGUAACAUGAUGGUGGUAAAACAAGCGCUAGUUGAGGAUAAUAAUAAUAAUACAUAACUUCAUUUAUUUGUUUUCAUUCAUAUAAUAUCAUUAGAUAACUGAAUAUCUUAUUGUAAUAAUAAAUGCUUGCAACAUCAUGGCAUGUGUGGUUGGUCAUCUGUUAAUUUUAUUCUAAUGAAAUAUAUAUAUCCCAAAACAUAAUUCUAUCAUUUGUUUGUAAUACUCGUUGUGUACCUACCAUAGUUAUGUUUUAAAUUCUAGAAAAUGUACUUUGUUUAGCAUGAUAUUAGAAUUCUCGAAUUACAUUUAGAAUUAAAUAAAUUGUAACUUUAAUUUGUCAUUGCUCUUACGAUCUCCCUGUCGCCCUGCAAAAGGAUGUAGGUAUGGGAGGAUUAAAUUGAGUAUUAUACUUAUAUUAUCAUUACCUAAUCACAUGUUUACUAGUCAAUUCAUAUGAGCAGGACAAAUAAGUACCGUAUACAUACCUUACACUGCAUAGGAUUUUAUGUUUUAGUUCAUGUUGUUGAAUCAUAGUUAAAAUAACCUCCAUCGUCUUUUAUGAUUGUUGAGCGUUAUUGCAAUAGUGGCUAUCAGUAAAGUAUUAACUCAUAUAAUAUGCAAUAUUUUUUCAUGUAAUUUAGCGGGAUCAGCUUUGAAUGUUAGCAUAAUGGUAGAAAUUGUAGAUGAUUCUUUGUAGGGAAAUUCGUAAAUUCUUAAUAAUGCCAGAGGCAAAUACAAGCAAUACACUAAGAACUGUUACAUGUAAGGAAUCUUUGUUGACUCUGCUCACUUCAUGAUCAUUAUUUAAGUGUACAAUAGGGUAGCUGUGCUUGUCUUGCAUUGGGAACUAAUAUAGAAUAAUGUACUAUUUACUGAUCUACAGGAUACAUUCGAUGCAAUAAUUCGAGAUAUGACGAGGUUCAUUUAUGAGAUUUAUAAAAGUUCUUAGAUAUUAGACAUAAAAUUGUUAUUAUAUAAACCUAUGACUUGAUUUUCCCUUUAUCUGGUUGUGUGGUUUAAUUCGUUUAACCAAUCACCAAUGAAAAUUUUAAUGAGAAUGUUAAGUUCUUAUUUCGUUUAAGUAGUUAAUAGGUAACCUUGUUAAGAUAAAUUUAAGAGUGCUUACUUGUGUUUGUACCCAUGUUUCAUGGUCAAUGAGCUGAAAUACCCACUUGCACAAAUAGUAAAAUGUUAGUAAAUUGUUUUAUUUACUUUCAUGAACUGAAUAAUCAAGUUUAAAACACCAUUAAUAAAAUCAAUAAUAAUAUAACGUAAAAUUUAUGAUAAAUGAAUUUUGGAAGGAAAUAAGAGAUCUUUGUUAAAAACUAUUUUUACAGUUAAUUAGAUGUUAAAUUAUAUUUUAAGGGUUCUCAUUAUAUGGCUCCAGAAUAUAGAAAAUAUUAUUAUUCAAAUACGUAUAUUGUAUGUUUCUUAAAUGUACACGCUUGUAUGAGGUUUUGAACUUAAAAACACAUGUAGUUGAAAAAGUUUAGAAUAAUGUUUCUGCUUAGUUUAUAUGCAUUUAUAUAAUACCUCAUUAUUGGGAAUUAUACCUCCUAUUUUGUUAAACCUAGAUGGUUUCUUGGGGAACCUUUAUGUAAUGUGCUAAAUUCUUUAGUUAGAGACAAUUAUUAUGAAAAAUCUGUGUGAUAAAUCCAGUCCACUUGCGACUUGUAAUUGUUUCAUAUCUGGCAAUGCCGAUAAAAUUGGCGUAAUGUUUUGAAGACAUACAUAGAUACCUCUGUUAUGAGCAAUGGUAGGAGGUCACUAGUUUUUUCUGCUGUAGAACAACACUGUAGAGCA